GCAAGGCUCUGUUGCAUACUCUCAUCCCAUCCCAUGAUUUGCCUUUUUCCCACCUGACACUCUUGCUCUCACAAACGCACUCACACAGAAUCGCCUAAAAGCCUCUCAUUCUCUCUCUCUCUCUCUCAUCCUUUUUGUGUUUGUCUGCGGAAUUUCCUCUAUCGUAAUCUCCACUGAAAUCCUGGGCCUUGAAUUCGUUUUCAGAUAAUCUUUUCUCAGGUGAAGAAAAGAUCUGGUGUAGGAUGUUUCGAAGUUGGAGGCAUGUGUGCUCAACUAGCAAUUAGAAAGAGUAAUAACACCGGGUGUGAGUGAUGGGAGCCUCAAAUUCUAGAUUGGAGGAAGACAAGGGCCUGCAGCUCUGUCGAGCACGGAAGAAAUUUAUCAAACAAGCACUCAAUGGCAGGUGUUCUCUUGCAGCAGCUCAUAUUGCUUAUAUAGAGGAACUGAAAAUUAUAGGGGCUGCUUUAAGGAGAUUUGUUGGACCUGAUGGUCAAGUUGAAGCUUUUGUCCAUCCGUUGAGAAGUGCUACUCCUGAGGCACAUGCUUUGGUUGAGAAAUCUGUCUCCCGGUUAUCUUUUUCAUCUCGAUCCCCAUCACAAAAUGUGGAUGCAACUGCAAAUAUGUCGCUGUCUCCUUCAUCCAAAGUCUCGACUCAGUACCACUCUCAUCCUAUGAAAUAUAAUGGUUCAUUUUCUAGGAAAGUUGAAGAGAAGCCUUCAGUGCCUGUUACAGUAUCGUCUUCUGAAACUCCUCCGGUCCCAUCGGAAGCCCCACCAUGGGAUUAUUUUGGUCUUUUCCAGCCGGUGGAGGAUCAUUUUUCUUCGCAAGAAAGGAUGGGAUUUGACCAGGGUUCAGAGGGCUCUGAUGAGAUUAGGGAAGCGGAGGGAAUUCCUGAACUGGAAGAAGUAGAAGAGAAGUCCUCUCCUGGAAUAGAGGAAUCUCAGGAUUCAGAAGAUGAGUUUGAUGAACCCUCUUCAGCUUCACUUGUUCGGAGUUUUAGAAACGUUAACACCACAGCAGAAAAUAUCGUCAAUGGUGAUUCACCCGCUAAUACCAACUUUUCAAGUUUAGAAAAUGUGAACAAGGCAAAGGAUAAUGUUGUCACCGGCCAGUCGCCUGUUAGGUCCUCGGAAAGUAUAAUAUCUGAUAGGAAGAAAAACAGUGCUUCUAAUUUAUCACCACGUGGAGCUGCUUCCUCAAGACUUGUGCAUUUGGAUGACAUGAAGGUUACAGCAAACGGUGAAAGUGAAGCUGAAGAUAAGGUUGCACCUAAGGACUUCGUUUCUGGCAUCAAUGACAUUGAACAACUUUUUUUCAAAGCUUCUGAAUCUGGAAAAGAACUUCCCCGGAUGCUUGAAGCAAAUAAAUUCCAUUUCCGGCCAGUUUUCCCUGGAAAAGAAAGUGGAUCAAAAAGCUUAUCAUUACUAAGAUCUUGUUUCUCUUGUGGGAAGGAUCCAAGUGAGGUUCAACAACGUACAUCUAUACGUGUCAACAUGUUUACGGGCGAAUUUUCAGAGCCUGCUCGAAAUUCCGCCCAGUACUUAGCUUGGCACCGGGCGGAGUCAUCUCUUUCUGCUUCAUCUCAGAAUCCUCUUGUUACGAACUCGACUGAUGAUGUUGAUAAUCCUAAUGGCAAUCUGUUCGACAACUUCUGUAUGGUCUCCGGGAGUCAUGCCUCAACCUUAGACAGGCUUUAUGCGUGGGAGAAGAAGCUUUAUGACGAAGUUAAGGCUGGUCAGGUACUCAGAAAUAAUUUCGACCGGAAGUGCAAGCUUCUUCGACGGAAAGAAUCACGAGGAGAGAAUGCGGAGAAAACACGUGCUGCAGUCAAAGAUCUACACUCAAGAAUCCGCGUUGCUAUUCAUAGAAUUGACUCGAUUUCAAGAAAAAUUGAAGAAAUCAGAGAUACAGAGCUUCAACCGCAGCUUGAGGAGUUAAUCGAAGGAUUAAGGCGGAUGUGGGAGACAAUGCUGGAAGCCCACAAGCUUCAGUUUCACAUCAUAUCAAUAUCUCAUGCCCCUGGUAACACACAAAUGAAAAUUCAUUCGGACGCACAAAAACAGAUCACCGUCCAGCUCGGGAACGAGCUCAACUCUUUGUCAUCCAUCUUCACAAAAUGGAUCAGCACGCAGAAAAUAUACGUCGAAUCCAUCGAUAAGUGGCUCUUCAAGUGCGUGUCAGUCACACAGAACCCGUCCAAGAGGAGGAACAAACGGAUGAGACCUCCGCCCAUAAGAAACUGUGGUCCUCCCAUAUACAUGAUCUGUGGUGCCUGGUUGGAGAUGAUCGAUGAAUUGCCUAGUAAACAAGUCAUUGCUUCAACGAAGGAGUUGGCUGCAGAAGUCUCUCUCUUUCUGCCCCGGCAAGACAAGAACCAGGGUAGAGCUGGGAAUGACUCUCAGACAACAUCUUCGGCUGCUGGAACGAUCCAUGAUCCUAGUAUCAGUAUGCUGAGAGACGAGGUCUCCGAGGACCGGAUGCCUCGUUUUCGGGCAAGCUUGGCAGGAUUUCUUGGCCAGUUGAACAACUUUGCUGAGUGUUGUCUGAAGAUGUUUACUGAACUGCAGAAGGGCAUCCAAGAAUCAAAGAGUAACUAUGAACAGUUCAAGGCCCAAAGGUCACAGGUCUUGGUGUAAAUGUUACAGGUUAUGGGUUGGAAAAGGCUGCUGAUGAUAUGAAUAAUAAUGGAGAAUUAAGGUAUAGAGUGAUAAAUUAUUUAGGGGAUAAAUUAAAGGGAUAAUUACAUUAAUAUCCACUUAAUUUUGGUCAAAUUAUAAAAAAAUAUUUCUAUUAUUUGAACAAUUAUGCUGACACUCCUCUAACUGACAUUUUCGUUAUUAAUGUAAUAAAAUCAGUUCCAGAGCUCAUCUUUGUAGUGAAGAUACUAUUGAGAAGGGGUGCCAGUGUAAUUAUUUGAAUAAUUAAAUAUUUUUGUAAUUUGAUCAUAGUUGAGGAAUGUGAAAGUAACUAUUUGUAAUAAAAUUUGUAGCUUAAGCCGUUCUCCAUGUAUA